GAUCAUUUGGCUGAGGGUCGGUCACGUGGUGUCCAGCAAGUUUCCGUGUUGACAGAGAUCUGAACGGAGACUGUGGCUGGUCGGUGUUCAGUUUCUAAAGAGGAUGGUGUGCAGUCAUGGCUUUUUUAAAGACGCAAGAACGAACCAAAGAAAGAUUUUCUCUCUUGCUGCUGGAUUUGGAGGAGUAUUAUUUUGAACAGCACACUGCAUACAACGUGACAGCCAGUUCAAAAAAGGAGAGAAAAAUCAGAGGCUCAUUCAAGGUCUGUUCCAGAUCUGUCAUAUUUGAUUCAGAGGAUCUUUCAGAGCCAAUUUUAAAGAUUCCUCUUCGAGACUGUAAGAAGAUUGAGUUUGUGGAGAAAGAGAACAACCCUUUCAAUGAGCCUACGCCAUCUGCCAUCUCUAUUUCAUGUGUGCAGGUUAUUUACAUCAAAGAAAGCAAUGUCAUAGCACCUUACAGACAUGAAAGGGGGGCAAAGAAAAUGACUUUUCAGUUGGAAGUUUGGAGCAAAACAGAAGAUGUCGUUCAAACAUUACUUCAGCUCCACAGGGCAUCCUGUCUGGAAAAGCUUGGAGACCAGACUGCAAUGAUUGCAGCCAAUUUACAAUCACGACUGGCGAGGUCAUCAUUUGACAAAAACUGCUUUCAGAGUGUAGCUGAGAAGCCUCACAUGGAGUGUGCGGUGGAGAUGGUCCUGCCUCUGGUGUCCAAUCCAGGCCACGUCUGCAUAACAGAUGAAAGCCUCUACUUCCAGCCCCUCAACGGAUAUCCGGAACAGGUGAUUCAAAUCAAACUCCACAGAGUCAGGAGAAUCUACAAAAGGCGGCACGGUCUCAGACCGCUGGGUCUUGAGGUGUUCUGUACUGAGAAUGAUUUUUGCUCUGACAUCUACCUGAAGUUUUACAACACAGCUGACAGAGAUGAAAUCUACUACUACAUCGCCACUUUCUUGGAGAAUCACGUGACGGAGCACACAGCAGAGAGUUACAUGCUGCAGUGGCAGCGCGGCCAUCUGAGCAACUACCAGUAUCUUCUUCACCUCAACAACCUGGCCGACCGCAGCUGCAACGACCUCUCCCAGUACCCCGUCUUCCCCUGGGUCCUCGCUGACUACACCAGCGUGCAGUUAGACUUGACAAACGCUGCCACAUUCAGAGACCUGAGCAAACCUGUGGGAGCCCUGAACAAAGAGCGACUAGACAGACUGCUGGCUCGCUACAGAGGCAUGCCUGAACCUCCCUUCAUGUACGGCAGCCACUACUCAUCUCCAGGCUACGUCCUUUUUUACCUGGUCAGAGUCGCUCCAGAGCACAUGCUGUGUCUCCAGAAUGGCCGCUACGACCAUGCAGAUCGCAUGUUUAAUAGCAUAGGUGAAACAUGGAAAAACUGCUUGGAGGGGGCAACUGACUUCAAAGAGUUGAUUCCAGAGUUUUAUGGGAACGACUCCAGCUUUCUGGAAAACAAGAGUCUUGAUUUGGGCAGAAGGCAGAAUGGAAGCUUAGUCGGUGACGUCGUUCUCCCAGCGUGGGCCUCAGAUCCCAGUGACUUUCUUCAAAAGCACAGGACAGCACUGGAGAGUCAGUAUGUGUCGGAGCACCUUCAUGAGUGGAUUGACCUGGUGUUUGGCUUUAAGCAGAGAGGCAGUGAAGCUGUCGCAGCCCAUAAUGUGUUUCACCCACUGACCUAUGAAGGUGGCAUCGACUGCGACAGCAUCGAGGACCCCGACGAGAGAAUCGCCAUGCUGAUUCAGAUCCUGGAGUUCGGCCAGACGCCCAAACAGCUGUUCACCACCCCGCACCCUCAGAGGAUCACACCGAGGUUCCACAACAUAACUCGAAGCCCCAGCACCAACUCACCAGUCAGUGAACUGUCUCCAGCCUCUCAGAGCGAGGACUCGUCCUUUGAAGACCUGACUGAGGAGAGCAGGAAGUUAGCCUGGGCAAACAUGGGAAAUCUGAAACUCAUCUCCAGCCACAAGAUCCAUAAAGAGGCUGUGACGGGAAUCGCUGUGACUCGAGAUGGAGCAGCGAUUUUCUCCACAUCCCAAGACUCAACACUUAAAAUGUUUUCCAAAGAGUUGAAAGACUUCCAGAGAAGCAUGUCUUUCUCUAACAUGGCAUUGUCAUCAUGUUUGAUGCUGGCAGAUGGUAAAACGGUGGUGUGUUCUUCAUGGGACAACAAUGUUUAUUUUUACUCCAUCCCUUACGGCAGGCGGCAGGACACACUGAUGGGUCACGAUGAUGCCGUCAGCGAAAUGUGCUGGUUUGAUGAGCGGCUGUACACAGCGUCCUGGGAUUCCACUGUCAAGGUGUGGCAGUGCGCUUCUGAUAGCUCAUCCAGCCACAAGAGAUCCCAGUUUCAGUUACUGGCUGAGUUGGAACAUGAUGCUGGGGUGAACACCAUUGGUCUGAAUCCAGCGGGGACUCUGCUGGUGUCUGGCUGUAAAGAUGGGACCGUCACCAUCUGGGACACCGGCAGCUACGGAACACUGCAGCAAGUCCUCUGCCACACUGGAACCAUCCACCACAUGGCCUUCAGUCCUGAUAGCAGACACGUUCUCAGUGUUGGUGCCGACUCCUGCAUGAAGGUCGUUGACGUCCAGACGGGAAUGGUGAUCUCAUCUGUGAAAGCUGAGGAGGAGCAGAGGUGUUUCUGCUGGGACGGGAACUCAGUGCUGUGUGGGGGACAGUCUGGGGACCUCCUGCUGUGGGACCUGCUCAGCAACACAGUCAUCAAGAGGAUCCCUGCACACUCAGGAGCUGUCACAGCCAUGUGGAUGAACGAGCUGUGCUCCACAGUGAUCACAGGCGGAGAGGACAGACAGAUGAUCUUCUGGAAGCUCCCGAGUUAAACAUCUGUUUCUGCACAACCCGUCUGCUGGGGAGAUAAAGACUUCCAGUGGAAUAUACUGGACAAUACUAGCCAAGUAUCCUGCAGACUACAUGACCCAACUGUCUGACUUUGAACAGAGACUCAUUAAACAGUUGUGAAGAGCUGAAAACGUACUGUAACUGCACAGUAUCACAGAGUAGUUGGAGGCGGAUGAUUAUUUUCUCUCUCAGCUGUUUUCAGGUCAUAUACAGUCAUGCUAGCUCAUAGCUUUCUGCAUAUUGAGAGGAAAUUUCCAAUUGCAGUUUUGUGCAUGAGAGUAGGAAGCUAAAACAGUGUUCACGCCUUAUUUUUCACUUCUGUUUUCAGCUUAUUUUACAUUUGUGUGGAUUUUUUUCCUCAUGUAUUAUUUGUUAUGCAUCAUGUUACACUGCUUUUUAUAGUUAGCCAUCAUGUUUCUAUAGCUUUAUGUGCAUUUUAUUCUGUGAAGUGGACUUAAAAUGUCUGUGAAAAGCUUCAGGCUGCUCAGGUGUUAUCAUUACCAAAUAACAUUGAUCUCUAAAAGUCA